CGCUGGCGGACGUUGCGGCCCGCAGGGCGCCCGGUCGUCUCCACGGGGACCUCCGUGCACGGAUGGACGCGCCCGGACCCGGCGGGGAGCGGCCCUGCAGGCGGUGGCCCCGACGGCACCAGCAGAGGCGACACAGGGCCGCGGCCGCGGGCCUCUGAGGUGCGCGAGCCGCGGGCCCAGCACGGCACCAUGAUGCCGGGCGAGACCCACUCGGCGGCCACCGGGGCGGCGGCGGACCUCGUGCAGUGCCAGGGCUGCGCCUCUCUGCAGCAGAAUUUAAAUGAAUAUGUUGAAGCAUUAAUUACCUUGAAACAAAAAAUUAUCAAUACAGAUAAUUUGUUAACAGAAUAUCAGAAGAAGUGUGAUGAGCUGCAGUUUGCUCGAAGAGAGAACAGUACUCUGCAUCACCAAGUGGAACAGAUGCUCCAGAAAAUUUCUCCUCUGCAGAAAUGCCAGGAAGAGCUGGGAACGUUAAAAGCAGAGCUAGAAGAGAAAAAGAGUUCUCUAAAGUUAUAUCAGGCUUCUCACCAGGAAUAUACUCGUGUGAAAGAAGAAUGCUUAAAAAGUGAUGCACAGAAGAAGAAGCUAGAAGCUAAGGUGAAGAAGCUGGAAGAGGCUGCUGUCAAGCAAACUCAAGAUUUCAAGCAACUAAGAAAUGAGAAGAAAAUACUGGAGAAAGAAUUUAAGAAGACCCAGGAAAGGCUUGAUGAGUUUUCUAAACAGAAAAAUAAAAAAGGGCUGAGACAUAUUGGAACACAAAUUUCAAGUGAUUCAUAUGGAAGCAUAGAUAAAAGAAAAGUAAAACUGCUCCUGAAGGAACUCUGGCUGUGUGUGAACACAGCGCAAAGACUCCCCGGUGACGUCGGCAGGCGCACUCCAGAAAAAUUUGCCCAAGACGACAGCAGUUUCAGCACAUCUAGGGAGGAUGGCACCCCGUCCCCAUCACGCGACAGUCCCCCCAGGGCCGCGGAAGUGCCGACAUGCCUGGCAGAGCUGUCCAUGGAGGUGGAGGAGAGCUCCACUUCCUGUGCAGGUGUGCAGCAGGAGAGGCCCUUCGGAGCUACGCCCAGUCCUCACCCCGUUUCUAGUGAAGGCCGGAGUCCUGAGGUGUUAAUGCAGGGUCCUGGGGAUGCGGACAGAGCGGACUCUCCUGGCCCCGUGCCGAUGGUUGAUGAAGAUCUUCAAGCUGCAAUUGACUUCUUCAGACUUCCUCUUCCUCUUGUGUCUCCCGUGCCCUCUCCGCCUCUGACAUCUUCGCCAAACCACCGGCGCCCAUUACCUUCCUUACUGGCCCCUGAAACCUACUUUGGAGAGUACACGGAUUCCAGCGAUAAUGACCUGGCCACACAUGGAGAUUCUGAUGCCUCAGAAGAUGACAUAGCCGACGCACAGGCUUGUUUUGGCCUGUCCAGAAAAAAUAACGGACAUGGCGCCAAAUCAAAAGAGGCGGCCCAGGUUCUCAGUAAGUUUGCAGUCCGUGGAGUGAAAGCUUCCGCAGCGCCCCUGGGAGAGCCUUCGACCGCAGCCGGGGCCGCGCCCCGAGACCUCACGGGCGGCCGAGGCAGCCGGGCAGCUGAGGCCGAGAGGCGCGCGGAGGCCGGGCCGAGGAGUGCGCCGGCGCCGGCCGAGCGCGUGGCCGAGCGCGUGCUUCCCGGGCCCUCCCGGAGCCUGUCGGUGGAAAAGCUGUCGGGCGGGCCGCCCCGAGGCGGGGAGCCCGCGGCCGCGAGCUCCGGUUUGUACUUCAUGCCCCUCGUCAAGCGGCCGCUGAAAGAGCUCCUCGGCUCUGACGAGGAAGCCUCGUCGUCGUCGAAAAAGCUGGGAUCGCCCCUCUCCGGGCUCCCCCGGUGUGCGUUUGCUGGCGACAUGCCGUCCACCUCGGAUUUUGGCUCUUUUCCGAGGACACCUCGGGAACCAGCCAAGGAUCAGGAAGACGAGCAGGAGUCGACCUCCGAAUCGUCGGACUCAGAAGAUGAUGACCCCGGUGACGGCAUGGGUCCAGGGGGGCCCUCGUCCAGCUUCAGCCAUCCUCAGCCCUCGAGGUUGCAGUACAUGAACGACGCAGGGAGGCCGGCCAGGGCGGAGCCCCCCGAGCAGCCUCGGGUCCAAGGACGAUUUCGAGCUCGAAACAUGCUGCCUGCGCCGUCAGAGCCACCAGAGCCCUCUGUGCAGGGGAGCAGCCUGGGGAGCCGCCUGUGCCCCCCGAGCCCGGGGCCGGAGACCCCGACCCAAGCCUCCACGCUUGCUCUGUCCGUGUUGAGGAGGAUGACGGAAGAUGGACAGAGUGAAAGACAAGAUUCCAGGCCAGCUUCGCCUUCUUCCACAAGUUCACAGUCCUGCUUGAGCGAGACGGACUCUGGUUUUGAUAAAAGCACUUCAUGGCACCAGGGUGAUUCAGUAAGGAGAGGUGGCGAAGAAAGUCCAAGUGUUACCUCAGAACAGGCAGUGCCAGCCUCCCAAAAUAGAGGCUCUUCAGCCAUGCGUGAGCUUCCGGGAGAGCACGCCAGCCCUGCUUCCUUACUGCUCAGUCCAGUGUCACUCACCACACAACCGGCAAGUCCUAAGCAGAGUCACAGUGUUAGUGUGGAAUCAGGACAGCGUGAAAACAGUCCAGUGUCACUCACCACACAGCCGGCAAGUCCUAAGCAGAGUCACAGUGUUAGUGUGGAAUCAGGACAGCGUGAAAACAGUCCAGUGUCACUCACCACACAGCCGGCAAGUCCUAAGCAGAGUCAGAGUGUUAGUGUGGACUCAGGACAGCAUGAGAACACCCCACUGUCACUCACCACACAACCAGCAAGUCCUAAGCAGGGUCAGAGUGUUAGUGUGGACUCAGGACAGCGUGAGAACACCCCACUGUCACUCACCACACAACCAGCAAGUCCUAAGCAGAGUCAGAGUGUUAGUGUGGACUCGGGACAGCAUGAGAACACCCCAUUGUCACUUACCACACAACCAGCAAGUCCUAAGCAAGGUCAGAGUGAUAGUGUGGACUCAGGACAGCGCGAAAACAGUCCAGUAUCACUUACCACACAACCGGCAAGUCCUAAGCAGAGUCAGAGUGUUAGUGUCGACUCAGGACAGUGUGAAAACAGCCCAUUGUCAUUUACUACACAACCGGCAAGUCCUAAGCAGAGUCAGAGUGUUAGCGUCGACUCAGGACAGUGUGAAAACAGCCCAUUGUCAUUUACCACACAACCAGCAAGUCCUAAGCAGGGUCAGAGUGAUAGUAUGGACUGGGGACCGCAUGAGAACAAUCCAGUGUCAGUUACCACACAACCAGCAAGUCCUAAGCAGGGUCAGGGUGUUAGUGUGGACUCAGGACAGCGUGAAAACAGCUCAGUGUCAGUUACCACACAACCGGCAAGUCCUCAGCAGGGUCAGAGUAUUAGUGUGGACUCAGGACAGCAUGUAAACAGUCCAGUAUCACUUACCACACAACUGGCAAGUCCUAAGCAGGGUCAUAGUGAUAGUAUGGACUGGGGGCAGCGUGAAAACAGCCCAGUGUCAGUUACCACACAACCGGCAAGUCCUAAGCAGGGUCAGGGUGAUAGUGUGGACUGGGGGCAGCGUGAAAACAGCCCAGUGUCAGUUACCAUACAACCGGCAAGUCCUAAGCUGGGCCAGGGUGAUAGUGUGGACUGGGGACUGCAUGAGAAGGUAUCCACCUCAGCAUUAGAAAACUGCAACAGUGUAACUGAUGAUGCAUCUGUGGCAGAGCAUGCAAAUGAUAGGGCUGAAACAGCAGGAAACAUUGCAGAAGGGCCUGUCAAGAGAAGCGCUUCUCCAGAAUUUUCUGUAUCUUACAGUAAACUGGAUUUGGGUUCUCAAGGUGAUUCUUUAUCAGCAGAAAAUUUUGACUGCUCCACAAGUAGGAAGUUGUCCUCACCUGAAGACAGCCUCUGCCAAAGCCAGGGUUCCUCCAAGGGAGCUGCAGUGCAUGGAGAGGGGCCAGGCGAGGCGGCGCAGCCCCCCCGGGCCCCACCCGCCACAGGCCCUGACUCCUCUGCAAUGGAGAGCCCUGAACUGCCCCCCGCAGAGCCAGCCCUGUCAGAAGAGACCCCCUGUGGGCACGCAAGCGGACCGAGCAGCGACACCUCGGCCAUGGCGAGCGGUUCUGCCGCCACCCAGCAGAGCGCCAGUGAGCUGUCCCCAUCCACGUCCCCAGCACCCCGGGCUUCUCCCCCACCCUUCCUCACCGCCGGCACCGCCCUGGGUUCCGCACCUUCCAGCCCAGAGGAGAAGACACAGGCCAGCCCCAGCGGUGGCCCCCCCGGCACUCCAUCCUGCCGGCCCCGCGUGGCAGCCGGGGGGGAGGAGGACACGGGGACCGAGGCGAGCGAGCCUUCCAGCUGCAGCGAGGGCGAGCCGGAGGCCGGGCACGCGCGGAGGGCCUCGGGGGAGGAAGGGGGCGCGGCGGCCCAGGGCAGGCCUUCUCCAGAUGUAGGGUAUUUGACCUUGGCUCUGCAAGACUUUAACAUCAAUACUUUUCCUGACAUAGACAGACUUUCUACAUCAGAGGUUGCUAUGUUUCUUGAAAGUUGUCAGUUGAAGGACUGUAGUUCGGGGGACUCUGUUUCAGAAUGUUCCAGCAAAGGAACUCUAAAUAAAGAGAUGAGCAAAGACUUAGAGCCAAGUGGCGCCUCCGGAGAGAAAUGUGAGCAGCAGCUUUGUGAGGAAGCCACAGUGGGCGCCUCUGAAGAGUGGGCUGAGCCGGAAGAAGAGGACGGCUCUUCAGAAGAUCCACGGCAGCUUGUCCAGUGCUCUUUGGAGACCCUGUCUGACGUUCUCGCCAAGACUGGGCCAGAACUUGAGGCAAACUGUGGAGACUCUGGUGCUGGGGAUAUUGGCACCUUACCGCUCUUAAGUGCGAAUGGCAGCGCAGCUACUGAAGGCUUGAAAGAGAGCAGCCCGCCCGAGGGAGCCAGCAGCUUAGCGCCCCAUUCUCCAGAGCCGCCCCUGCUUGUCCCUGAAGCACGUGUUGAGGACAGCCCUCCCGGGAGUGGCGGCUGUCAUUCUGAGCACGCUCGGGGCAGGCUCACGGCCGGUCCAGCUGCCGCUGUGUGUGCAGACAUCGGGAGGAAUGGCCGGGCUGGACCUGCGGACUCCUCAGCCCCAACCUCCGACUCUGCGACAGAGUCCAGAAUGGAGCAGAGCUCUGGCGAUGAGUCUGAGGCAUUUCAAAGCCAUCUGUCUGCGGCGACCUCCGAAGUUACAGACACGCACGCAGAGAAGGAUCAGAGCUUAGGCGUGGAGAGGGAGGACAGCUGGGUGGUAGGUGGGGCCGCUGCCUCCCCCGAUGUGGGCACGCCUCGGGCCCUGGAGGAGGGGGAAGAUGACUCACUCUCCCCGACUUCCACAGAGAAUUCCCCAGAAACCAGUCCCGCUGCCCCUCCAUUUCAAGAGCCUCCAAGUGGCAGUGCCCCUACAGGGCCCCAAGGGGGCGUGUCCAGUAACGGCCCGGGGGCCAACUUUGAUAAAAGUCGCUUGCGCAACCGGCCGGUUAAGCCUAGCAUAUGGAUUAGUUCUCAGAUCUAUGACCAGACCUUUGAGGCUCAGAACGUGGCAUCUGAUCACACGUACUGUAACUCAAGGCCAGAGCCAUUUUGCAAAAAUAAGACUCGAUCCAAGAUUUCACACAAAGAUCAGUCAAACAAGCCAGUGAAGACGUCAGUGAGCAAGGGAGACGUUCACCCCGGCGACCCGCCUCAGCCCCUUCCAGGAGAAGGUAGUCCAAAAAGCCAGAAAGGUCAACCUCAGCCGGUCCUGGCUCAUGCUGAUACGUCUAUGUCCACAGACGGCUCUCUGGACACUCUGAGCAAGAUACGACAAGAGGUGGGGCCCCCACUGCCUCCUCUCCUGGCCCCGUUGAUAGCCACCCCACCAAGGGCUGCCCCGCCCCUCUCGCCCCUGGCCUCCAGCCCUUCCUCCCCAGCCUCUCCCCCUGGCAAGAUGUCCCCGGCCUCCGAAAUCCCAGUGCCUCCCGUGCUGUCUCCGUGGCCGGAAGAUCCCCCGAGCUCUUCCCCACUGGAGCCCUCUCCCUCUCCGUCUUCAGCCGCCGGCGGGAGGAUAUUGUCCUCUCCCUUGCAGUUCUGCGCGGCCACGCCCAAGCACGCCCUCCCUGUGCCCGGAAGACUCCCUCCCUGCGCCCCCGGGCCGGCCGCCGUGGGAGGGCCUCCGGAGAAUUCCGUGAAAAUCCUCGAUACCAUGUACCCCGAGCUGUCCGCCCGGGCCCGAACCCUCAGCAUCCUCAAAGGCAACAUGCAGCUGACGCGGGGCACGGCCGCCGACGGGAAGGCCCCGCCAGGCCGCCUCAGCGCGCUCCUGGGGCUCAAAGCCAUCACGUCCACCGCCACCGCCUUCGUGAAGACGGGAAGCGGCUCGGGGGGCGACGGCAGUCAGCAGGCCCCAGGCGGCAAGAGAGCGUCGUCUGCCUCUGUGCCACGGAGUGCUAAAAGGCUGCGCCUGGACAGCGAGUCCCCGGAACCAGAGCCCAAGGGGGGUCCGGGCCCGGCAGUCCCCGGCAGCCUCCCGGAAGACCCCCAGCGGGCUGAGGCCGCAGCCGAGGAGAGCUUGGCGCUGCCCAGCAGCCCCAUUCCACCACUGCCCGUGAGCCCCAAAGACGCGGCAGAGUCACGCGACCACGCCACCGUCGUGCACGCGCUGAAGAAAGUCGCCGAGUCGUCCUUUGACCUGUUGCCUGUCAUCAGGAGCCAUGUCUACGUGGGAAACAUCUCCAGGAAUCCCGUGAUGAGAGAUCAAGAGAAAGAGGUCGUCUAUGAGUUCAGCACAACGAAAAAGCAUUUGGCAGAGUGCUUGCUCCGCUCCAUUCUCUCCGAACUGAAGCUUCCGAAGAAGCCUGUCGACCACAGCUACAUCCAUGCCCUGUGCAGAGUGUACGUGGGCAUUUGUCGGCAGCUUGGGGACCUGGAGAGAGCUCGCUUGUUUUGCUACAGCCUGCUUAAGGAAGAUUUUCCAGAGUCUGAGAAGUUGGCCUUGUUCAUUGCAAACAUGUGGCAUGAUGUAUUUGUUUCUCAAUCGGUGAUUAGUAAAGCAAUGCAGUUAGUUGCCAGGCAACGUGCUAAGGGAGAGGUUCUCAACUGCUUGAGAGCCUUCCUCAACUGGGAAAAGAGUGCACCUGUGGAUGUUGGCAUCAUGGUGUCAAAGCUGCUGUUGACCAUACAGUUAUGUCCAAAAACUGAGUUCCAGUCCAGCGAGAAAUACGGCGAAGACCUCAGCGGCAACACUUGGGAGUACAUAUUUGCUAUUGAUCUGCUCUGCUGCCAUCAGAAAUGGAUUUGGACACAUGAUAACAUCAUAAGUAAGGAGCUGUGGCCCGUAAUGGAUAAGUGGAUAAAAUACAGAAAAGGACACACGAACAUUGCCUUCACUCCUGAUGUCAUUAUAGCAUCCAUACUGAGACUGAUUGGUCGGCUAGGCCAGUUGGGUUUGAAGGAAGGAUUUCCAACUGCGGUGAAGAACAUUAGCUCCGUGAUCGGGACGUUCAUACAGCACGCCCAGGAUGAAGACAUCCCGUGGGGCGUCCAGCUGGCCGCCGUGUACGCCCUCUGCGAUUUGAGCCCCAGCAGCCCGGCGGAGACGGCGCAGGUCCUGGAGGGCUGGCGGAGACAGGCGGCCCACAGCAUCCCCGCCGCCGUGCUCAGCUACCUGGAGGAGGUGGGCGCCCUGGGCCAGGGGGGCGCGGGCGGAGCGCAGGCCCCAUGAGGGGGCGCCCGGCACCGCCACGGGGGCCGCGCGGACUCGGCCGCCCUUAGGAGACGGACCGCGCAUGCGUGCACACGCGCCGGCCCAACGCGGACUGCGGGGGCCCCCCAGACCGCAGCCGCCCACGCAGGGCCGCGGCCCCCCCAGACCGCAGCCGCCCACGCAGGGCUGCAGCCCCCCAGACU